AUGAAUAAUCAGAAUCACGGGAUUGCAGGAUCAGGAUCAACGAUCACUUCUUCUUCUAUUACUUCUAUUUCGCCUACUUAUUUUUCACCUGCUUCUUCUACUGCUUUAUUAACUGCUGCUUCUUCUAUUACUUUGUCCACUUCUUCUUCUAUUACUACUAUUUCGCCUACUUAUGUUUCUCCUGCUUCUUCUACUGCUUUAUUAACUGCUACUUCUUCCACUACUACUACUUCUUCUUUAACUCCUUCUUAUGCUUUAGUUCCUUCUUAUGCUUUAGUUUCUACUAAUACUUCUUCUGCUGUUCCUGUUGCCACUAACUUUGCUAAUUCUAGUGUCACACUAUGA